CCUGCAAUCUACAUGGAGACACAUGCCGAUUAUCCAAUGGACGUGAUUCGUAAGCGACGGAUAGACUUUUCUGCGCCUGUCCGGGCUUGUGUCAAUUGCCAUCAGAUGUCUUUACCAAUGCACCCGAAUGGUAAGCCUUCAGACCCUACGUCAUUUGCAUCUUGGUACCAAAGUAUAGGAAACAGAUGUCUAUGCGGCGGCUUGUUUACUUGAGUUCUUCCUAUUCGUCCCUUACCUCCCAAGUUAAUCUAUACUCCUAUUAGAAUUCACCUGAAUUACUAAAGAGAAGUUUAAAUCUUAAUACACCAAAAAUAAAGAAAUAUAAAAUUUUAAAUUUUAAAUUUU